UAUAAAUAUUUAUUACUUUCUCUUCUAUUUUUAUUCAGUCCCCAUCAAUUUAGGGAUUAUGAUCAAACGAUGUAUGAUUCACGCAUUCAAUGGAAGUUCUCUGAGAUUACAAAGUAAACGCUCAAAGGACCUCGAACUAUAUUUCCGGUCUAAAAGUUCAAAUGAAGCCUUCCUUCCCUUCCUCCUCGUCCUCUUCUUCUUCUUCCCGUAGAAAGAGCUCCAUCGCCUUCUAUAUCGUUCCUCUAUUCCUCAUCACCUCUCUCGCCAUAUUCUAUGAAGAGGAGUUGACAUACAUCCUCAAGCAAUCAAUUCCGAAGUCACAAGAGCUCGAAAUCUCGGAACCACAGCAGGAAUCCGUACCGGCACAAGGGUUGAAGCCCGUCUCGGAACGACAACAGGAAAACAUAUCAGCACAAAGUUUGAAGUCCGUCUCGGAACGACAACAGGAAACCAUAUCAGCGCAAGGUUGGAAGCCUGUCUCGGAAAAACAACAGGAAACCAUAUCAGCACAAGUAUCAGAACAAGGAGAUGUCCUGCCGUUCGCCGUCGGGAGGACGGAGGAGGGGUGCGAUGUGUUCAAGGGUAUGUGGGCCUACGACGAGGCCUCAACGCCUCCCUAUGGUGAGGAUGACUGUCCUUUCAUGGAGCCUAAGCUCAAGUGCCAAGCGAAUGGGAGGCCCGACAAUGCAUACCAGAACUGGAGAUGGCAGCCUCAUGGCUGCUCCCUUCCAAGCUUCAAUGCUACUUUUAUGCUCGAAAGACUUCGAGGGAAGCGAAUGCUGUUCGUUGGAGACUCCUUGACAAAGGGUCAAUUCGUCUCCAUGCUGUGCCUCCUACGCGAUUCAAUCCCCAGAUACUCCCGUCAUCACAAACACUAUAGAUCUCAUAGCAUAUUUGCUGCUCCGGAAUAUAAUGCUACGAUCGAGUUCUACUGGGCACCGUUUCUCGUGACAUCAAACUGUGACAAUGCCACUUUUCACAGGGUGCUUGAUAGAAUAGUUCAUGAAUAUUCAGGAUCCCUUGACAUGCAUGCUCAGCAUUGGAAUGGAGUCGAUAUUUUGGUCUUGAACACGUAUGCAUGGUGGCAACCAGGGAAAAAGAUGAAGAUCGUACGACGGUCUCAAGGAAAGAAGUACAUCAGGUUGAUGAACGCGCAGGAUGCCUAUCGGCUGGUGCUGAAGAGCAUGGUGAGCUGGUUGGAGAACAGCAUGGAUCCCCAGAAGACCAGGGUCUUCUUCACAACCAUGUCAGCUACUCAUUUUAGGAGUGCGGAGUGGGGAGGCAAGCGAGAUGGUAAUUGCUAUGGUGAAACAACUCCAAUCUUGGAUCCAACAUAUUGGGGCUCUGGUUCGAGCAAAGGCAUGAUGGAGGUGGUCACAGAAGUAUUAGGUGCAUCGAAGACUCCCAUCAGCAUCAUCAACAUCACUCAACUCUCAGAACACCGGAAGGAUGCGCAUGUCUCAAUCUAUAGGAUGCAGCCGUACGACUUAACUCAAAGCCAACUGGGGAGACCGGAAAGCAAUGCUGACUGCAACCACUGGUGCUUGCCUGGCCUUCAAGAUACUUGGAAUGAACUCUUGUAUGCAAAACUCUUCUUUCCCUAGCAGCAUGGAUUUACGAGGGUUGCAGUUCAUAUUCUUGAAUGAUUUUAUUUUUCUCUCUUCAUCUUCUUGUUCUUCGCUUUGGCUGAAGAUUUUGAUAAUACGUCUUUUCU